AUGCAGCAAAACGUACACUACAUAAAUGGCCAAUUCGUACCGGCCAUCUCUGGCAAGACCUUCAAGGUCACCGAUCCCUCGACCGGCGAGCUCGUCGGCACCAGCGCCGAAGCCGACAUUGACGACACCAAGGUCGCCAUCGAGGCGGCCGCCGAGGCAUUCAAGACCUUUCGCACCCAGACCGGCCGCGAGCGCGCCAAGCUGCUGCGCAAGUGGUUCGACCUCAUGAACGAGAACGCCGACGACAUUGCCAAGCUCAUCACCUGGGAGAAUGGUAAGCCCAUCGCCGACGCCCGCGGCGAGACGGCCUACGCUGCCAACUUUUUCGAGUGGUUCAGCGAGGAGGCGCCCCGGGCCUACGGCGACACCAUCCCCAGCUCGGUGGCCGCCAACCGUGUGUGGACCAUCAAGGAGCCCGUUGGUGUCUGUGGUCUUAUCACCCCCUGGAACUUCCCCGCCGCCAUGAUCACCAGGAAGAUUGGUCCCGCCCUGGCCGCCGGCUGCACGGUGGUCUGCAAGGCCCCCGGCGAGACUCCCUUCACUGCUCUGGCGCUGGCUGAGCUCGCCCAUCGUGCUGGCAUCCCCAAGGGCGUCGUCAACAUCAUCGCGUCGCUCGAGAACACGCCCGCCGUCGGCAAGGAACUGACGACGUCGCCCGUCGUCAAGAAGGUGUCCUUCACCGGUUCCACCGGCGUCGGCAAGCUCCUCAUGAACCAGUCCUCGAGCACGCUGAAGAAACUCUCGCUCGAGCUCGGCGGCAACGCGCCCUUCAUCGUCUUCGACGACGCCGACCUGGACGCCGCCGUCGCCGGCGCCAUCGCCUCCAAGUUCCGCUCGUCCGGCCAGACGUGCGUGUGCGCCAACCGCAUCUACGUGCAGCGCGGCAUCUACGACGCCUUCGCCACCAAGUUCGUCGAAAAGGUCAAGGCCUUCAAGGUCGGCAACGGCUUCGCCGACGGCGUCACCCACGGCCCGCUGAUCCACGACCGCGCCGUCGCAAAGGUCCGCGCCCACGUCAACGACGCCGUCACCAAGGGCGCGAAGGUCCUGGUCGGCGGCCAGGCCGUGCCCGACCUCGGCGACAACUUCUUCCAGCCCACCGUCCUCCGCGACAUGACGGUCGACAUGGCCGUCGCCACCGAGGAGACGUUCGGUCCGCUCGCAGGCCUCUUCCCGUUCGAGACGGAGGCCGACGUCGUCGCCAUGGCCAACAAGUCGGACGUCGGCCUCGCCGGCUACUUUUACUCGCGCGACCUCGAGCGCGUCUACCGCGUGGCCGAGAGCCUCGAGGUCGGCAUGGUCGGCGUCAACACGGGCAUCAUCUCGGACGUCGCGUCGCCGUUUGGUGGCGUCAAGGAGAGCGGCUUCGGCCGCGAGGGCUCCAAGUACGGCAUCGCCGAGUACCAGGUCACCAAGAUGAUUACGUUUGGCGGCAUGAACAAGCCUCUGCAGAGCUGA